AUGCCAAACGUAUCUGUAGAACAUACAGCAACAGAACUCCUCAUCGAUAGAUUGAAUCUCAUUGAAAUAAAUAUGGGCCGCUAUUUAUAUCCAUUUAUCUUUAGUCUUGGAAAUAUUGGUUGUAUUCUAAAUAUUUUAAUUCUAACACAGCGCGUGUAUCUUCAAAGUUCAUGUUCAUGUUAUAUUCUUGCUUCAUCGAUUACUAAUUUAUUCAUUGUCAAUAUUGAUAUUCUUUUUCAUAUGUUGUCAUUUGGCUUUGGUAUUGAUCCAACAACAACCUCCUUAUAUUUCUGUAGAUUUCGACAAUAUCUCUCUCAUGUUACCACGUUAUUAUCAAGAAUUUACAUUGUAUUGGCAUGUAUAGAUCGAUGGGCAAUGACCUCUACAAGUGUUAAACUUCGAAGUUAUAGUAAAGUAAACGUCGCGAAAAUAAUAAUACCUUCGGUAGCCAUUGUCUGGUCUAUUAUUUCUCUUCAUAUUCCAUGGCAUCAUUUCAUUGUUAAUGGUCGAUGUAUGGUGAUAUUACGUGAUUAUUCAAUAUUCUACAAUAUUUAUAAUACAGUUUUAUCCGUCUUUUUUAUACCUAUUAUAAUGAUCAUUUUUGGUUUUUUAACUAUUCGACAUGUUAAACUGAGUCGUCAACGUGUUAAUCCUCGAUUGAACAGAAAUCCGAUACUUAUUAGUCAGCAACAAGUCAAAGUUAAUGUUAAAUCUAGAGAAUAUGAAAUACUUAUCAUGAUACUUGUUCAAUUAGCUGUUUAUCUUAUCACAUGUUUACCUUUUCCAAUGUAUUUACUCUGUUCAACUGUAACAAUUUCAUGGAUAAAAUCGAAUGUUCAAUUAGCUCUCGAUAGGUUCUACUCGAAUAUUACUGUUGCAUUGAAUAAUAUUAAUUUCAGUGCCACAUUCUAUAUUUAUAUUUUGACAACUCGUGUAUUUCGAAAAGACUUGAAACGUUUAUUCGUAGAAAAUCGAUUAUUUAAAAUUUAUUUUGCUCCACGAUGGACUCCAACGCCUUUGAAAACAAACAAUGGUACCAUUGGGACUAUUGCCGUUACCAUGAACCAACAAAACUUAGCUAGUAUACAGUGUCGAAGAUAA